UUUUCAGUUCAAUAAUUCCGCGCUUGUCGUCGGGUUCAUGAGAGUGUGUUUGUGCUGCGAUUAUACAUUACUUACAGUUCCCUACAACUGGGUUGGUGUUGUGUUGUUGUUGUGUAGAGACGAGUGUGUGGUAUGUUCUUUUAUUGGGUUUUUGAGGUGAGUUGUGUGGUGGUGGUGACACUGAGUUGAGGUUUUGCGGUGGAUGAGAAUGGCGGCUCAGAUGAUGCGUGCUGUUCAAUAUUCGACGUUCGGAGGGGGCGCUGCUGCGCUUCAGCAUGUGGAGAUACCCAUGCCCGUGCCAGCUAAGGACCAGUUGUUGAUUAAAGUUGAAGCUGCCAGUGUGAAUCCGGUAGACUGGAAAGUCAUUCAAGCAGGUCUAUUCAAGCUUUUUCUUCCUGCAAAGCUUCCUUACAUACCAGGCACUGACAUGGCAGGUGAAGUUGUUGGCCUUGGUCCUGGAGUGACAUCUUUUGCUGUCGGCGACAAAGUAUCCUGUUGGUCGGAUAUCCGGAAUGGGGGAUCAUUAGCCGAGUACGCAGCAGUGCCAAUCAAAACUACAGCGAAGAGACCAGAAACAGUGUCAGCAAUUGAUGGUGCAUCCUUCGGUGUGGCUGGUCAAACUGCUUUGCAAGCUGUGCGUGAUUCUGCAGGAAUUAAGCUUGAUGGGAGCAGCAAAGAUAAGAAUUUGCUCAUUACAGCAGCUUCCGGAGGUGUAGGCACCUAUGCUGUUCAGAUUGCUAAACUGGGAGGUGCACACGUGACAGCUACAUGCGGAGCUCGCAAUGUCGCCUUGAUCAAAAGCCUUGGGGCUGACGAAGUGUUAGAUUACAAAACACCCGAGGGAGUAAAAAUGGAGAGUCCAUCUGGAAGAAAAUAUGACGCAGUCAUUCACUGUGCCAAAUACCAACCAUUCUCUGACUUCAAACCGCAGCUCAAAAAGAAUGGCAAAGUGAUCGACCUCACUCCAUCCCCAAAAGGUCUUCUUGCCACAGGAUUCCAGCUUGCAACGUUCUCGAGCCAGAGAUUUGUACCAUUCCUGAUGCGCGGUAACAGUGAUGACCUCGCUGUGCUGACAAGUCUUGUCAAUGAGGGGAAGCUGAAGACCGUUGUGGACUCCACUUUUCCUCUGUCGAAGGCCGAAAAAGCUUGGGAGAAGCAAAUAGAGGGGCAUUCGACGGGAAAAGUAUUGGUUACUAUGGUUGGUGAGUAAAUUCGUUCAUUUGCCUGUGCCCAAACAGGUUUCUUUUUUGAAGCCUGGCAGGAACUUAUCAUUAGAAUUACGCAGCCAAGCUGGGGUAUGAUGAGUUUUAGUUUACUGAUUUUCUGUACAUAUAGCUGGGGCGGGUCAGUCAAAUAAUGUCGCCCAAGGCCUUGUUUGUGAUCGCUGGAUUUCGCUAUUAGAACAGGCAGUAUCUGGGCUUUUAGCAUCAAGCAAGGACUGUAUAUAGUGCUUCUAAUGGUUCUGUUACUUGUGAAGGAGUCUUGUAUGCCUUAUGUGCACAUCAUAGAGAUUAGUCCACUUCGAACACGGCAAUGACCACCAUCCUGAACGUUGUAUGUUAAUAGAUGGAUGAGAAGCAUUCAUCCUUUAGGAGCACCUCUUUUUGGGAGUGAGUUACCUUGC